CCCGUUACUGCUGAUACAUAUAUGCUGAAAUAUUUCAUGGGACAGGCCGAGGACGACGUCGCCCGGGCUACUUCGCUGAUGCAGCUAUACGAGAUUCGAGCCCAGCUGAGGCAGCAAGACACCACGGGUCUCAACAGGGCUCGCGAGCGCAUCAAUGCCAUCCAAGCUAGGCAGCACCAACAAAUGGCACAUACCCCUGAAAAGAGGGAAACCUCCGAAAGUUCCCAAACACGCUUCACCUACCCGAAGGCGCCCUAAAUGGUCUUCACCACUAUUCAUUCCAUCCUACCAGCGGUCCUACUCCUUAUUGUUGGUAUUGUGCAGGUGUUAUGGUGGCCCUCAAGAUUUGGCUUUAAGGUGUUGGGAGUUCAAAACAGUGCAAGUCUUUUUGAUGGGAAUACAAGGAGGCGUUUCGCGCUGAGAUGGUUUAAGCAAGACACGGACGGAAGCAUUGGGGCGUUAGGAAACAUUGAUUCCUGGUUAUGGUUAUAUUCCCCUUUGUCUGCGUGGAUUAUUGUCGUGGUAAUUUGCUCCUGUAUAACUUCUUUGGGGUGGGGCUGAGGAAUACGGACUCGUGU